AUGGCGGCGAAACCAAUCGUUGUUGUUGAAACUGGAGCUGAUGGUGCUGUGGGAAAUCAACAUGGAACGAGGGAAAGAACUCACACAGGGGAGAAACGCAAAUCAGAUGGCGGGUUGGUCAACAGUGAACCAGUGGAAAAGAAAAAAUUUUCCCUAUCCAUGAAUUCCAGUCCGGGAGGGCCCUCAGCAAAGAAGAUUUCCAUAUCACUGGGGAACCCUGGCAAGCCUCCAACUACUGGCCAAAACUCUGUAACCAAAGCUCCUGUCAACCCAGUCAAGUUAUCCAUGUCAUCAAAACCAAAUAAAGACACAGCUGUGAACCUCAAGAAAACUGCCAAAGUAGCAAGUGUAUUCAACGACGAAGAUGAUAGUGAAGAAGAAAUGCCACCUGAGGCUAAAAUGAGAAUGAAAAACAUUGGCAGAAAUACCCCAACAGCUGCUGGACCAAACUCCUUUGGAAAAAGUCGUCUAGGAUUCUGCGAUAGGCAGAAAGUCCUCGAAAGAGAAAUUAAGCAACAAAUGGAUGAGACAGAGAAAGACUGAGGAGAAUGUUUUAGCCAUUCACAAUUUUUGUGUACGGUAUUGGACAUGUGGAACACCCUUGAAGUUGAAUGAUGGAAGGAACUGUGGUUCAUGUGGCCUUUGUGUCUGUCUUAUUCCAGUUUAUGAUGCAAGUCACGUUAAGGUACACAGAAAAAAACUCUGCCAACAACAGCAAUGUUUUAUGCCUGUUACAUACAGAGUCUGCUCAACCACUGACUUUCCUUACUGUGUUUACCCAAAUGACUUAAAGCACAAAACACGGUGAAAUUAAACUUGUUGCCACCCAGAAAAGGCCCUGACUGGCAUAAGACAGAAUUUAUCAAACAUUUCCCUCUUGUUAGUUGUAUAAGCAAGGGAGAGUGCCACCAUGAUUUUGAUGUGCUACACUGAAUGCAAUACCAAAACCUAGACUCGUCUAUACAACUUUCCAGUGUGAGGUGGGAAUGAAACAGAAUGUCUUAGUCUAUAUUGAUCUGACUGAAUAAGCUUAAUUAACCUGAGUAUGUGUAUCAGCUGUUAGUCUAAGAGGUUGUUUUACCAUGUAAAGUAAUAUAUUUCUUUUUUAAGAAAUUUAACUCUGAUAUUUGACACUGGAUCUCUGCAAUUAAAGUGUUAAAGUGUAGAUGAUAAAAUUCUCUAUUUGUUAACCUGUUUUAAUUUUCAGAAAAACUUCCCACAAUAUUAUGUAUGAAAUCAACCCAUACCACUAACUGCAUCUAGACAGGUGUAAAUGAUAUCAAAUUUCUGUUUGUACAGUGACAAACUUGCUGAUUUCUAUCUGUUAUGUUCUAUAUCUUUUAUACCAACAAAAUAGUACUCCAUAUAAUAUCAUCAGAAUAGCAAUAGUAUGAAAUAUGGCUCUUUUCAGUAAAUAGCAAAUAACCUACCAAAUAAAUUUCACAGAUAGAAAAGGAAGCAUGGAAAAAACAGAUAGUUUUGUCAACCAAGCAUUUCAGAUCCUAUGUUCAGAAAAGAUACCCAUGUUUUAGCAAGAUAAAUAAUAUGUAAAAUGAUGUACAUCCUCAAGCAAAUAAUCAAUGUUUGUCUAAAUGUGAAAAAAAUUGAAACAUGAGAAAUGUGUAAAGUGAAACAGAGCUUUUGAAAAAGCCCAAGGUUAAAAUGGAUGAGCAAUGUCAACAUAUAUCUAUACCAUUUUUAACACAAACUCUUGCAGUUACAUUGUGGUGUUUAACAGUACACAGUAUACAUGUAGUAUACACACCGUAGUAUACACACUCAUUCUAUCAUUGCAACUAACAUACUGUUUAACUCCGGUCACAUACAAGUCAAUACAUCACAUUAAUAUAGUCCGUGCAGCGGAAAUACCAGGCAAAACCUUGGUUGAUCCACUGUGGCACUUAUUUAAAAGGUUUGCUGGUCAUUGUUCAGCCCUACCCUAAGCCAUUACAUGAAAUCAUAAUUUCACAUCUAAUGCAAUAUGAUGUUCCAGUUUACUGCAAAGUAACUGUUUAGUAGUAGAUUUUCCUUAUGUAGCUUACUGUUGGUUAAUUGUGCAACUGUUGGUAAUUUACAGUCUAUUCUAUCCAAAAAUAGUGAUUGAAAUAAUAAGAAAAUGCAUGGCAUUUUGGCAGUGAAAAUGGUAAUAGCGAUGUUUCAUUGCUUACAAAUUGCUAUAUAUUAAUUUUCAGGGGAAAUAUGUGUUUUAACGGUUUACUUUUUGUGUUUUUAAUUCAUUUCACAAUCUUUAAUGGAAUGGGAAUCUUAGAUUUUGUUCACUGAUGCUGUUAUACAAAAUGUGUCAGAGCAAACCAUGCUGUAAAAACAGCUUAUCUAGCUGGUACUAUUGUGUACCUCACUAUUCCCUCCCCCUUUCAUCACAGUGGUGCGCCCAAAGGUGGUUUAAUCUCCGAAGGAUAAUAUUAAAUCGCCAUCUGUCAUGUAAAACUGUUUCUAGAUUUUUCAUACCAUAGUGUUAAAUGCAAGUGUCCUUUCAUACUAGUAAUGCUCUUGAUUAAUUUAAGAAUUGUUUUUAUUCAUACACACUAACAAAUGCAUGUUUGAUAUUUAUUCAUGCUGAAAGAGAGGCAUUUGAGCAAACUGUAACUUAUUUCGCUGGUAAGAAUAUUUUGCCACGUGGUAAUUAGGAACAGAAGUUAUUUAGCCCUGUACUGUAUGGUUAUUUUUCAUUUGUUUGUGAUCAUCUUUGUUCAUAAAGUAGUACUUUACAGCAUCAUAUGAACAUUCUUCCCUAUGUUUCACAUUAGUUUGGGAUUUGGAAAAUUCCAAUCAUUGUACCUAGUAAUCUCUAUCAUUGGGCUGCCUGGUGCUGGGUAGGCUGGGUAGGGCUGCCCAGGUUAUACUAACACUGAUAAUGUUGGGGAAAUACGCUAGUUACAUGUUAAAGUUAAAAGAGUUGUGUUACUGGGAAAUGUUGUUUGUGUUUGUUUUCUACACAUAUAUGUAUUUAAAGAAAGAAAUAAAGAUUAAAUGUAACCUC